CAAGUAACGCGUAACAGAGGGAAACUAAUUGUGUGACAACUUUUGAUUCCCGAACGAUUUUUUAAUGUGAAAAUGAAAGUUAAAGCUGCGUUUCGGAUGCUUCUCAUUGCGUUCUUGGCCAUUAUACACAGCCACAGCUGCAGUGGUCGAAAGGCAACGUCGGAGCAGCAGCUUGGACUUGGUCAGCAGCCGCUUAUACAAUUGAGUCACGAUGACUCCGAUGAUGAUUAUCUGGACAUCAAAGACGAGAUCCACUUGGAGGACUUCUUCUGGACUGGCUCUGGGGAUGGUCCACCCGAUUAUCUCAAGAAGGUCCACACGGGCAUCAGCAAAGGCAAGGAUGUGAUUGUCAAGACAGAAACUGUGGUGGCCACCGUCUAUGUGGAUGGCAAUAAUGAAAUCGAUAUUCCCAUUUGCCUGGACUGCAGACCUGAUGAUGGUGGCGGCACUUGGGAUCUGGGCGCUCCUGGCAUGCCCCCACUAAACUACUCAUCAACAGAUCGUCGCUAUUGGUUACUCACAGUCGUCUCGGGCUUCUACACAGCCAAGGACAACCCCUUACUGGAGGAGAAGCUGGCGCGUCUCUAUCGUCUGGCUUUUACCAGGCAACAAACACGACAUCUGGGCAUAAAUGGUGCACAGCAAAUCGAAGGCGUUUUGGUGGCUCCAACUCCACGAGAGCGUCGCAAGUCAUCUCCCCUGGCAACAUCGACAACAAAACCCCAACCGCCGACUGAUUCCCCAUCCGAUGAAGUGGAAAUAUUGGACAUGGCAGGCGAUGAUGAAGCGUACAUUAAAACUGUUAGGGCUGUGGGUGAAAGGAGUGAAUGGUCAAGUGAUUCGGAGGAGGAACCAGCAACCAGCAGCAGCAGCAGCACCAGCACGGAGUCUGUGGAUUACAGCGCCUACGUGACACUGAUACCCUGGGAGCUGAUACAGCGGAAUGGAAAGUCUGAGAAGUUGCAGGAAACGAAGUUGGAAAAACAACAGCAGCAACAGCCACAACCUGUGCCGCUCUACAGGGAUGGGCGUGUUCGGGUAGUCAUACAUAAUCUCACGCAAAUUAGCGAGGCAGAAGUGCAGAAUUGGAGCACAAACCCCAAUGGGGAUGCCAUGGAACACGUCAACUUUGUCAAUCUCAAAUUCAAUGAUCGUCCCAUAGCCAAUCAAACGGAGCUUAUUUACACGGUCUUGGUGAAUGGACGACCCGUGCUGGCCACGACAGCCGCCAAAGACAUGGAACUGGUCAGCGAGGCGGAGGCGGUGAGCACCUUUGGGCAGGCCAUCUACAUGAAAUCUGAACCUUACAUCAGGGAACCCACAGCUACGGCAUUGGCGCCUGUUCCGCGCAGUGGCCAGGCGGGUUUCUUCAAUUCGGUGAAGAAUAAUGUGGCUUUGGUUGUAAUCAGCUCGCUGGCCAUCCUGCUGCUGAUGCUGCUGCUCUUGGCUGUGCUGCUGCUGGGACGCACACGUGCCCGGCAAAGGGAACUGAGUGCAGUCAACAGAAACUUUUCGCGCAAUGAGUUGCUGUCGGAGGGGCAAUCCAUGCGGCCUUCGACCACCGAGGCAAUUGACGGCGAUCGAGAUGUGGGAGUGCAGAACUUUUCCUACGAGCGAGAGCCACGCAUUAGCUUCCCAGCACCACCGGGAGCGGAUCGCUCCCGACAGGACUCCAUCUCGUCGACAGACAACACCUCCGACUCGUCGGUCUACUGCCCCAUCAACCCGCCAAGUGCCGAUGUGCAGCGCAUACUGGACGACAAGGCAGCGCGACUCUUCGACGCCCACAAGCGACGGCAUCAGUAUGAUCGCGCCGAGGGGCACGAGGAUACUGUCUACACAUCGGUGGUGUCGGAGAAGAAAGGCGACAAGUCCAGGCACAAGUCGCGGCGGCGUUACCUAAACGAGAAUCGUGUAGGCUCCCUGGAGACGAGUCCUGUUCAGGGCUCCCUGGCGGGACACUCCUCAGCGGAGGAGGGCAGCCACGGCUCACCGGAUGCUCUGCGGCGCAGCUAUGAGAACUUUCAGCGGAACGAGGCAUACAAUCUGCACAACAAUUACCAUCGCAACAAGCUGCUGAAGCAGCAAGACAAGAAACACAGCAGCGGUGCCUCCCCGGAGGCCAUAAACAACGAGAUUAUUCGCACCCUGCAGCCAUCGGACAAAUCUUCGGACACCGCCAGCGUGGGCUCCUUUCUGUCGAUGGCUUCGGUGCGUGCCUUUCCGAAGAACACUCUGCCGGAGCCCCUGAACCGUGUGCUGGAUCCCGUUUUCGUCACGUACUACGACAAUGUGAAUGCCGUGGCCCCGAAGCCAGGCGCCACGCACAGCUCCCAGCGAUCGCUGAAGUCACAGAAAUCUGCGGGCACCAUUGCCGCCAUAGCCAGCUUUCCCAGUCCCAAGGCGCCGCCGAAUUCGGUGCGCAAUGUGCGCUCUGCGGCGGCUGCUUCGGCGCACAGCGAUAAUCCAGAUCCAGGUGUGAUUGGACCCGUGGUCUGGGAGCGACACAAGAAACGUUUGGCAGCCACCGAAAGUCAGGAGGCUCUGGCCUAUGCAGACUAUAGCACAAGUCCAUUUCACAAUCCCUCGGCUAUACGCAACCAUUACGAGGGCCUACUCGAGGGCGCCCUGCAAAUGUAUGCCAGCCAGGAUGACAUUCCCAUGCCCUUGCCCACACACAAUUUCACAAAUAGCAGACGCGCCGCGACCAAUCGUGAGCAUCGCGGCUCCUCCGCGGGACUGCCCAGUUUUUACCCAACAGCUGGAAGCAGAGCUGCAGCCGAACGACCAGCUACGGCCCAACCGGAGAAGACCACAAAGCUGGCAUCCACGCAGCCUCCCUCACCCACUCAUAGCGCGUGGGGCGGUGGCAGCAUGUACAGCUCCCAUUCAACACUGAAUCGUCCUUUGAGUGCGGGACACUAUCACAGAGAGGAAGACCUUUACACAGAGGUACCCAAGCAGGCAGCCACAAGCAGCGCCUCCGCCUCUGCAGCGCCGCUCAUCGAGGCCAUACAAACAGAACUGCGAAAAUUUAGAGCAGAGCAGCGAAACGAUUAGAGAGCGCAGAAGGGAUCUUCUGCC